UCUUCAGAUUUUCAAAAGAAACAACCAGAUGAUGAUUCCGCUCCAAGUACAAGUAACAGCCAAUCAGAUUUGUUUUCUGAAGAGACCACCAGUGACAACAACAAUACCUCGAUAACCACGCCAACUCUUAGUCCCAGCCAGCAGCCGCUUCCGACAGAACUGAAUGUAACUUCACCAAGUAAAGAGGAGUGUGGGCCAUGCACAGACACAGCUCAUGUCUCGUUAAUCACACCAACCAAAAGAUCCUGUGGUACAGAUUCACAGUCUGAGAAUGAGGCUUCACCAGUAAAACGGCCAAGACUGCUGGAGAACACUGAACGGUCCGAGGAAACAAACCGAUCCAAACAGAAGAGUCGACGUCGGUGCUUCCAGUGCCAAACCAAACUGGAGCUGGUACAGCAGGAAUUGGGAUCGUGUCGCUGUGGUUACGUGUUCUGCAUGUUGCAUCGCCUUCCGGAGCAGCACGACUGCACGUUUGACCACAUGGGCCGCGGCCGAGAGGAAGCCAUCAUGAAAAUGGUGAAACUGGACCGGAAAGUGGGGCGUUCCUGCCAGCGCAUCGGGGAGGGCUGCUCCUGAAGGCCAGGCGUGGCCCCGUGACGCUGUUCUUAGUUCACUAAUGUUAGCCUUAUUUAGGACAAAGUCAGCCAGACACCUUGUACUGGGCACGCGUCAGACUACAGCCAGUCCGUUUCCUUUCUUUAGCCAGCCAUCCUGGUACUGUAGUUUAGGGGUUGAUGGUGGUUGAAAUUGAUUUCUGGCUGGUUACUAAGGUGCCUGCUAGCCAUUGUAUAAAAUUAAAACAUGAAGAAUAUUUUUUUUUGAGCAUGGCUAGUGGAUUUCAAACAACACAUACCUGUCACUGCUGGAGUCAAACUUAUAAAAAGCCUUAAGUGGAAAGUGUUCCAGACGGAGACUCUGAGUUAUUAGAGGAGUAGAGCUGGUGUUAAAGUUCCCACGACGCACAUGGCUUUGCCAGAAACUCUGUUUAAUGUUCGGCCUUUCACCUCUUCACUUGUCCUUAGUCCCAGUAGCCAGGACACCUGACGGCCACGCGUGCCUUGGCCACAGGAGGCUGCUGAGACUGGCCACGUGGCUGGGCUGGGUGGUCCCUCGCUCUCCCACAGGGCUGGAAAGGGGGGUGGGGGCAGAUUCUUAGGGAAUUUUUUUACCUGACUUGCUAUGAAAAAACUCAUCACACGAGAAGAGAAACAAUAACCUCACUUUGGAAAUUAGCUCCACUCAAGACUAGUCCACGAACAAGACCCAUCUUUUCUACACAGGAUCUAUGGUCUGAGUGGCCGCCACGCCUGCCCAUGGCUCUGGCUUGCCAUUCGCCAGGCACAGAGAUCUGGCCGUUGAUGAAAGGAGGCUCCUGGCGGCACAGCAGCUGUGGCUGGGGUCUGCAGACUGACCUCUGCAGCCAGAUUUCUAUACUGGGAAUUUUUUUAAAAGACACUGCGUAGUCAUCAGGAGUCAGUAGGGUGCUGGAGCAACUGGGAAGCCGCUGCCCAGACUCUGCCCCUCCGGCCGGAGCCUGCUCGCACCUCCUGGGGGCCAAGAGGUGAUGCCUUGACCUCCACUCGUUUCUAUGCAGCCUGUGGUCCAAGGACAGCCAGUCCACACCUGCCGUGUAGCAAGUGUAGUCAGGAAGGCCACAUGCUCCACAGGGACUGUGGGUUGGAUCUGUCUAGAACAGUGGUUUGUGGCCGGGGCCCAGCUCUGAGAGUGACAUCUGUGGGGGCGGGAGGGCAUGUUUUUCCACCCGCACCGCCUAGUGUGGGCAGAGUUCAGUAGCUGCAGCCACUUGGGCCAGCUGGGGAGGGUGGAGGUGGCUUGGCGACCCAUGGUAGGAAUCACUACCAGGCAGGUGAGGGGGCGGGGUCGACGGGAUUAGGAUUCUCUUGGUACCUGAGUGGUUCCAGUGGUCCCAGCACCCUCCUGCUCCAGUUGGGAGGGCAGGAGGCCCUUGCGAGGCGUGUGGAUCUGCCCACACACAGGCUACUGGAUAGUGAACCCAGCAACUUUGCUUUCUAGAAAACAAGCGGUUCGCCUCUGUUUGCAAGUUAACAGCCAAACACCUGCAACUGCAAAUGUUUUUGAUCCAAAAUGCUGAAAUAGGAAGUCACGCUCUCCCACCCUCCGCCCCCACAGUGGCCUCCGCUGCAGAAUCCCAGCCUUAAUUCUUGCUUCAGGACCCAGACCGUUGUCUCGCUCGAGGCAGCCCAGGGCAGGGGGCCGUGUCUGUCCAGCGUUUACCACUGCUGUCAAGCCACAGCUCUCGGGCCACCGUUUGGCCCUCCUUGGUGAGGCGGCCGCCUGGUCCCCUGCCAAGCUCUGGCUCCGCAGAGGCUGCGCUGCGCCCCCUCCCGGCCUCCCCAGGCCCCUCCCGCCACCCUCUGUUGGCGGCAGCGCUGGAAGGAGGGGCUCCAGGGGCCUGCGGGGGAGCCGCCUGUUCGCUUCCUGACUUAGAGCUGGGGUGGGGGGAGGAAGGGCUUAUUUCCUGCAGUAUCUGUUCUGUGAAGUUUGUUAAAUGUAAGGAAAGCUUAAAUUCCUGUAUCUUUAAAAGAGAAAAUCUUAUUUAACCCUUUUGUGUUCUAGAUUUACUUACACACAUAGCCUAGAGUUCAGUUUUAGUUUUAACAUUGUGAAAAUAUUAAAAGAAUCUUGUAACUUUAUUCUUUUUUCUCCUGCUGAAAAAAAAUUAAACCAAUCGUAUGAAA